UGGCCGGGGCUGUGGGCGGACCGGGGUUCGCGCGUGGCAGUGGAGGCAGCCUAUAAAGUGGAUCAGGGUCCGGGUACGGCUCACCUGUCGCAGCUCCUGCGCGCAGAACGUGCAGCAUCUUCUUCUGUUUUGUUUCUGGGAUUUUAACACAACAGCAGCGACAAACCGGGAUUCAUUCCUCACCGUUUAGCUACAUCUUUAAGCGUCUUUCAGAGAAGAGGAACUUCACUCUGCAAGCAACAGCAGCAGUCAUGAGGCAGUUGGUGCUGAUGGUGUGUCUCGCGCUCGUGCUGCUGGUGUGUUCCCGCGGCGGGGAAGCGCGUGUCAGGCUGAACUCCAUCCGAACGGUGAUCCUGCGGGAGGGGCACGCGCUGCCAAUGAACCGGAGCACGUGGGAGCCGAGCUUGGACCUGACGCUCUACCAGUGCAUGAGCGACCUGGAGUGCAGCGAGGGGAACUACUGCCACGCCCCCACCAAAGGCCCCGCCCACUCGCGCUGUCAGACCUGCCGUAGGAGGAAGAGGCGUUGCCAUAGGGACGGCAUGUGUUGCCCGGGCAACCGCUGCAGCAACAACAUCUGUGUUCCUGACGUGGACAGUUUCGUGUCUCAGAGGAUCCCUGACUCAGAUGGAGGGAUGAGUCCGCUGUCCAAAAAGAAAGGAUGGAGGAAGAGAGGGAAGGUGGACGUCAAAGGCUCGCCCGGUAAAGGUCAGGUCGGGGAUCCCUGCCUUCGCUCCUCAGACUGUUCAGACGGUUUGUGCUGCGCCCGUCACUUCUGGACUCGUAUUUGCAAGCCGGUGUUGCGAGUGGGACAGGUUUGCACGCGACACCGCCGGAAGGGGAACCACGGCCUGGAGCUGUUCCAGCGCUGCCCCUGCAGCGACGGACUUAGCUGCCGAAUACUGCAAGAGCCCGGUGCCCGGCCUUCAUCUCCACCAUCGUCGUCGCUGCUGGCGGCGGCAAUGUCCAAGUUCGCAGCAUCCUCUCCCUCGUCUCGCCACUCCUCCCCCCACACUUCGCUGCUGUCAGAGUCGUCAGAGUCGUCGUCGUCGUCAGCGCCACCGGUGGCAAAGACCAGACUUCAUGUGUGCCAGAAAAACUAAGGAAGGGUGGACGGAUGGAUGGAAAGACAGACAAGACAGAGGGGAGCAGAGAGGAACCGUGGCUCGAAAGGAGGGAAGGAAGAAAGGAAUGAAAGCGGGAAAGACCGUCCUCUCUCUGCCAGUGACCGAUCCCGGAGGGAACGAGAGGCAGAGACCGAGAAAGAAGACAGUGAGACAGAGACGAUCGGAGGGAGGGGUGAAUAACCAUACCUGUUUACACCUGUGAAAUCUCCCUUUAACCCCUUCUUCUCCCCCCUUCUGUCCCAGUAUCUCAAUGCUAAUUCGCUUCCUGUCAGGCUGCAUUCACACACAAACUCAGCGGGAUGUGAAACUCUUUGUGGUUCAGAUCUGGUUUCCUCCUGGGUGUCUAGACGAGCAGAAACCACUUUGAAAUCCGGUUUGACCCCAUUUACACCAACAGGAAAAGCUUUAUUAUUGAAAACCUGAUACAUGUUGUUGUAAUGGCCUCCAGCAAGCUUUGAGGAUCCAGAGAUAUCCAAUCAUGUGCUGUUAUUUUGAAAAAACACAACACAGAUAUUGCCUAAAACAUAUCUUUAUUCUCAAAAGGUAAAUAUUGUGCUAAUUGGGAGAUAAGGGUGAGACAGUUUCACUAAUUUCAGUUACGUUCUAAUGAUGUCUCAUGUUUGAAGUGGCUUUAUUAUAGUUUGUUGCAACAUAUUUAUUCAGAUUUUCAAAACAAAAGUCCUGAAUUGCACUGAUGUAAGUAGAUUUAUUUCGGCCCAGUUACAAAGAUGUUUCACUUCAUCUAUAUACACUGACGUAACACAAAUGAAGAAAGUUGCUGAACACAACAAGACAAUUUAAGUUGAUUUUCUUAUUUUGAUAUCACUGUGAUAAGCUAGCCUCAGAAUUUGCAUGAAGAAGUCUUACAUUAGCUUAAAAUUGGAGGUAAACUUGAUUUUACAAAGGAAAAACUGAACAGAACCUUCAUAAAAAUGGGUUUUAGCUUUAGUUUCAUAGCAAUAAACAGGUGAUCUUUGGCUAUUAGCCUCCAAUGAGCUGCCAAGAUUAGCCAAACUCACGUUAGCCAAACUUAGAGGCUGUUCAACACCUCAAGGACUCAUUUAAAUGAAAUAAAGAACUUUGUAGAUGUAUGAUGUUCCACUGAAACAAAAACUGUACCACAAAUCUCUUCUUCUGUCAUGCUCUGAAACUCGUUCACAUGCAUAUUCACAUCCCUAAACUGUGAAAUGUUGCCUCGUUAAACCAAAACUGUCCCUUCCCAAACUUUAAGGCCUGAGGUUUGUCCAGACGUCUGGUUUGAUUGCACUGUUGUUAUUGUGAUAGAGUUAUUUUUCUAUAAGUUGUUCCUGUAUAUUUUGGAUGAAUGUUGGUAUAAUUAUUUGCCUGUUUUGUUAUGUGUCACUCUGCCAGUUCAUUUCGGGGGUUUAUUUCCACCACUGUAAGAAGGAAUCUUAUGUUGCUGUAUUGUAAGGCAGUCUGUCAACCAAUCGCUAAUCUCUGAUUUUAUGAUUAAAAGCAUUAGUCAUUUGAAA